AAAAUUAUUAUAAUUUUCAAAUUGAAAUUCACCCGCAUCCGCUUCAGCGCGUUGCCUCCACUCCCACUUUCAUCUCGCCGAUUGAUUUCUGGGUUUCCGAAGCCUCCUCCUUCGCCAAAUUGCCAAAUUGAGAAGACCACUCCGUCGCAACCAACUUACCCACAUAUGGAACGAUGGAGAAGGGAGGGGUCCGCUUCAAAAAAAAAGAGUAAACUAAAUGGAAGAUGACGAAGCACAUGAGCAGGCGGACAGGGAGCGCAUCUUCAAGCGCUUCGACCCAAAUGGGGACGGGAAGAGAUCGACGACGGAGCUAGGGGAUUGCCUGAAGACGUUGGGGUCGGUGACGUCGUACGAGGUGAAGCGGAUGAUGGACGAGAUCGACACCGAUAGAGACGGCUACAUUUCGUACCAUGAGUUUGAGCUCCCAAGGCAGAGAGAGCCAACAAAAUUGAGUGGAGUGGGUUUCUUGGAGCGAACCCCUUUCUUCUCCAUCGUUUGAUCUGUGGGAAAGUUGGUUGCGAUGAAGUGAGCUUCUCGAUUUGAUGAUUUUGCGAAGGAGGAUUCGGUAAACUCAAAAAUCAAUCGGCAAGAUGAAAGUGGGAGCAGAGGCGACACGCUGAAGCGGAGGAGGGCGAACUUUAAUUUGGAAAUUAUAAUAUUUUUUAUGUUUUAAUUAUUUCACUUUAUUGUGAAAAUGAGUUGGAAAUUGUAAAAAAAAAUAUUUAUUUUUUUAAUUAUCACGUCACUCAGUUAACGGUUAAUUUUGAGAGUUGACUGCCACAUCAAACAAAACUAACGGAGUUGGAUGAAGAGUGACCAAAUUUGACACACUUAACUAAUUUUAGUGACCACGAAUGAAAUUAAAUAUUUUUA